AUGAAGAAGGUAAAGACCGAAAGCGGAAACUCCGCUAGCCCAAAGGUGGUUGCUCAGUUGUGGGAUAUGAUUGACAGAGAGGAUAUUGCUUCGUAUCAAAAAUCCUCUAUCUUUUUUGAGAUGAUGGAAUACAGGAAGAUGAAUGAGGAACUUACAAGAAGAAACACCGAGCUGAUUGAAGAGAACGCGACUCUGGUAUCCAUUCUUGGAACGCAAAAGGAAAAUCUAAAUAACUCUGGGUGCUCUGAUGAGGCAUUAAAGUUUGAUAUCGGCUCAAGAAUCUCCUCACUGAACUACGAGAUAAGAAGACUGAACUCUGUGAUUCAUGAGAUGGAAAAAAGGCUGGCCAGAGUCGGGAUGUUUAGGGAAUCUAAGGACAUGCCCUCGGAUGGGGAUUCUGCCGAGAAGAAACAUAGCAUAGCUGAUGAUUCCAUGGUCACCAGCGAAGUCUAUAAGAAGAUUAUUGACGAGUAUGGGGAUCUCCGAGCAAAAAUGGCUGGACUGGAAAGUAAGCAUGAAGAAGAGCUGUGCGAAAAGGACCAGAAAAUAGCUGGGCUCACCAGAGAGUUAUGUGAGAUUACAUUCAAUGCACAGGAAGUGAGCAAGAUGUUUGAUGCCCUGAAGGCAGAGAAUGAGAAACGAAGAGAAAUACUCUGUGGGCUUGGUGAAAAAGAAAUGGGUCUUAGGAGGGAAAUGGAUCAGUGCCUCCAAAAGCUGGAGAAAGUGGACAAGGACAUACAAAGCGUCAUGUCCGGCUUGGAUCUUUGGAUGAAAAGGGCAGAACAACUGGCUGUUGAGAAAGAAGAGCUUUCCAGAAUUGUAGAAAACUACAAGAGGUGUGAGAGAGUGAGAAACACGAGCGCAGGGGGAGCUUAUGAGGAAGGGUCUCUGGAGGAGGAAAUAAUCAAUCUUGUUGAAAGCUUAGAUAAAAGUCUGGGGGAGAACAAGGCAUUGAUUGCGAAGCUUGAGAACAUGCACAAGAAGAAUAGAGAGCUUGAAAAUGAAAUGAUUGCCUUGAGAAUGACUAACGCAGAUCUUGGCUCUAAGAAUACCAAGCUUGAGUUGGAUGCAAAGCAGCUCAGAAUGGAAGGAAGGGGGAAUACAUGUAGAAGCUCUGGAGAUUCACUGAAGAUCAAGAAGUUGGAAGAUUCUAUUGCCGAGUCUAGUAAGUUGGCUUUAGAUUACAAGAAAAGGCUGCAUUUCCUGUUCAUAGAGAAGGAGGAAAAUGAGAAGAUACUGGAGCGUAUUAAAAGGCAGAGUAGAGAAGCAAGAGACGAAGUGUCAAAACUUACAAAGGUAAAUUCUCAAAUUGAGGCAGAGAACAAGAGGCUAAAUGGAAUUCUAAGGGCCAUUCAAAAUGGGGACUCCGAAGGCGAUCCGGAUCUUGCUGUACAGCUGGAAAGGUAUAGGGGCCUUCUCCGCUGUUCUCUCUGUGACACACGCUUCAAGGAUACUGCGAUAAUCAAAUGCAUGCAUUGCUUCUGUGAAGAAUGUGUGAACUCCAGAAUUAGAAUGAGAGACAGGAGGUGCCCUUCCUGCAACGAGUCUUUUGCACCCUGCGACGUAAGGAAGAUUUUCUUGUAG